CAUUGCAUUGCCCCGAAGAGUCUGGUUUUGCUCCCAGACGCUUUGACUGUUGUGGACGAGCCUCCUCUGUUUUGCUUUUCUCCUGCUCCUCGAGGGGGAGAAAACUGGCCCCACGCCGGGCAGUGUUCCGGGCCGAGGCUUGUCCCUCCAGCUCCCCCGGUUCCCCUCUUGCCAUCUGCUCCCUGAGCUCCCCCAGCUCACACCGUGGAGGGGACCUGGGCGCGUCUCCUCCUCCCACCCAAGCCUCGGCUCUUUGUCCGCCGCUGCCUCUCGCCCCGGCUCCUGCCCGGCCCGUCCUCCCGUGCGGACGAGGCGGCUCCCGGAUGGCGGCUCCACCCGCAGCUCCGGCCCCCGAUCACCCUGCCCGGCGCGCGAGGGUACCAAGGAAGAUAACGAAGGGUCGAAAUAAUGAAUGACUCGAUGGAACGAACUAGCAUCCAGAAUUCUGCAAGAAACUAGGGAGUCUCAUAUGCUUGCUUGCUACGAAGAGCAGAAAUGGGUUAAAACAACAUUGUCACCGUUAAUUGUUGGCAGCAGAUUAAUACUGUGCCGGGGUCGCAUUACUAAACCAACCAGGAUACAGAUAUACAAGGCAAACUAAAGGUUUCAACUGCUAUUCAGCGCCUCCUCAUUUGUCCCGGAGCCCUAACAGUGGUGCCUUUUCUUUCCUGGCUGCUUUUCCCUGCUUCUGGAGCAGCAGUUAUGGUAGAAGCAGAUGGCUACUGAUUGGGGGCUUUCACCUAUGGCUGCGGUGUAUCAAGCGGAUCUGAGUUGGCUUCCCGAAGGGACAAAGCCAUGUGAGAGCUCAGGGAUUCUCCUCGCCCCAGUGCGGAGAGGUCAGCGACAAAGCAGGGCGCUGUCCCAUCAGAACCAUCCUGCUCUGCCUCCCAUCUGCGAGGGAUGCAGGGAGGCGCAGGGCUUUAAACAUCCAGAGAAUACCUCCCCAGCAAGGGAUCUUUGCUGAAUGAACAAGAGGAGGAAAAAUUCUGCAACUGCACGGGGCCCAAAGCCAGGGAGUGGAUUGUAAAUGCAGCGAGAUACUUGCAAACAGAGCACCCAGGACAGCAGCCCUACCCUUUCCCACUGCCAUGGAAAUACACUGAUACAAUAGACACUGGGGGGAACACGGAGAGCAGCCCAUCCUUGGCCACUUUCGGGUUUCCUGACGUUUGGGAUUAUAUUCUGACCUGAUUCCUGUGAUGGAGGACGCCGGCGUUCAAAGGGGUAUAUGGGAUGGAGACGCCAAGGCAGUCCAGCAAUGUUUGACGGAUAUUUUCACCAGUGUUUACACCACCUGCGAUAUCCCGGAAAAUGCGAUCUUCGGCCCUUGUGUAUUGAGCCACACUUCUUUGUAUGACAGCAUCGCUUUCAUAGCGCUUAAAUCCACUGACAAGAGAACCGUCCCUUAUAUAUUCCGGGUGGACACUUCCGCAGCAAAUGGCUCCUCCGAAGGGCUAAUGUGGCUCCGUCUGGUCCAGUCAGCCAGAGAUAAAGAAGAACAGAACCUAGAAGCUUACAUCAAAAAUGGACAAUUGUUUUAUCGGUCCCUUCGCAGGAUUGCCAAAGACGAGGAGUUAUUAGUUUGGUAUGGGAAAGAACUGACGGAAUUACUGUUGCUCACCACCGCCAGAUCCCACAGCAAGAUGAACGGGUCGCCCCCGUACGCUUGCCUGGAGUGCAGCCAGCGUUUCCAGUUCGAGUUCCCCUACGCCGCCCACCUGCGGUUCCGCUGCCCCAAGAGACUGCCCAGCUCGGAGCCCAGCCCCGCCGAGGAGCCGCGCGGCAAGGACAGCGGCAAGGAGCCGGCGGCCAGCCUGGGGCCCGGGCCCAACAAGUACAGCAAGCCCGGCGGGCCGCUCCACCCGCACUACCCCGGCCCCGCCCAGGACAGCAGCAACGCCAAACCCUCCACGGACUUCCACAACCUGGCCCGCGAGCUGGAGAACUCCCGGGCCGGCGGCAGCUCGCCCAGCCGCAGCCCGCACCCCGCGCCCGGCGCGGGCAGCAAAGCCAAGCGGAAAUACCCGGAGGAGCCGGGCGAGGAGCGGGGCCAGGGGGCCGGCAGGGGGCGCCUGCCCUCCUCCCCCAAGGAGGACCUGGUGUGCACCCCGCAGCAGCAGUACCGGCCCGCGGGCAGCUACUUCGGCCUGGAGGAGAGCGGCCGCCUCUUCGGGCCGCCCAGCCCGGAGACGGGCGAGGCCAAGCGCAGCGCCUUCGUGGAGGUGAAGAAAGCCUCGCGCGGGCUGGAGGCCGAGGCGGCGGCGGAGGAGGCGGCGGAGCAGCAGCAGCGCGCCUCGCCCGCCGGCGCCGGGGACCCGCUGCUGGGCGCCCGGCCGGGCGGGCCGCUCUCCGGGGGCAGCCCGGCGCGGGGCAGCGCCUUCACCACGGUGCCGCAGCUGGGCGGCAAGGCGGAGGAGCGGAAAAGCGCCUUCUCCCAGCCCGCCCGCUCCGCCUUCCCGCCGCACGUGGCGCCGCUGGGGCUGGCCCCGAAGCUGGGCAGCCUGGGCGAGCCCUGCCCGGAGGCCGCCGCCCGCCUCUACCCGCCCGACCCGCUGGCCGCCAAGCUGCCCGGCGGCGCCGAGCUGCCCGGCGCCGGCGGGGCGCCCAAGCAGAGCCCCUUCCUCUACGCCACCGCCUUCUGGCCCAAGAGCUCGGUGGCGGCGGCGGCGGCCGGGCCGCUCCAGCUGCAGCUGCCCUCGGCCCUGACCCUGCUGCCGCCCUCCUUCACCUCGCUGUGCCUGCCGGCCCAGAACUGGUGCGCCAAGUGCAACGCCUCCUUCCGCAUGACUUCCGACCUGGUGUACCACAUGCGCUCGCACCACAAGAAGGAGUACGCCAUGGAGCCGCUGGUCAAGCGCCGCCGCGAGGAGAAGCUCAAGUGCCCCAUCUGCAACGAGUCCUUCCGCGAGCGCCACCACCUCUCCCGGCACAUGACCUCCCACAACUGAAUGGAGACGUGUGAGGGGGGCUCCCCCGUGUAUAGUGACAGAGCCACACACACCCUCCCAGCAGCCAAACGACCCCCUCUGGCCCGGCUCUGCCCAUGGCUGGGGGCCUUUUCCAGGGCAGUCACAGCAGGGGGGGAUUUGAUCCCCGCGGGCCUACCUUUUCCAAGCUGAUUUGGGGUGUUUCAGAGACAAGGUGGGUGAGGUGCUAUCUUUGAUCUGCUGGGGAGAGAGAGGAGCUUACCUAGGGUGACCAGAUAGAAAGUGUGAAAAAUCGAGACUGGGUGGGGGGAAAUAGAGUCCUAUACAAGAAGAAGCCCCGAAUAUUGGGACUGUCCCUAAAAAAUUGGGAUAUCUGGUCACCCUAAGCUUACCCCGAGCUCUUCUUCAGGUUUUGGGGGGUGGGAGGUUGUUUUGUUUUUAGCAACCGACCUGAGAUACCAAGGUCAGAUCCCCACUUGCCAAAAUUAGCCUACCUUCAUUGUCUUCGAUGGAGCUGUGAUAAUUUACAUCAGCGGAGGAUCUAUCUGGCCCUUGAUUUUCAGAAGGCAGGUACCUAGCGCUUUCUGAUAAUCAGGCCUCUUGAUGGUGUCUCCGUUUGAACAAACACCCCAAGUCAUUAGUCACUUUUGAAAGUGUAGGCCUUUACCUUGCAGCAUACCAGACCAAGAGGGGGAAGGGUUGGAUUUUUUUUCUUUCUUCUGUUCGAAUGCACGCAUUUUCACUUUCCCCAAAAAAUAAAUAAAAAUAAAAAAAGAACUUUAAAACUAAUAAAGUACAUUUUUAAAAAUGUCAUAUAUUGCAACAUAUUGAUGCAUUUGUCAUACCUUUCUACUUAAAUUAUUAAGCACUUAUGGUUUAGAUGUAAUAAUUAUAUGUAAGGGUAAAUUUUUAUUUUAGAUAUAAAGUAAAAAAAAAAAGGAAGGAGGAUGCAAUGCUUUUUGCAUUUGAUGACAGUUUGUGUUCUUUCAAAAAAAAAAUUAAAAAAGGACUUGACACUAUUUAAGUUUCCAAGGGGGAAGUGCAUGUAUCAUGAAAUGAUUAUGGACUUCAGUGCAGAAUGUCCUCAAUUCUGUAAAUAUGUAUUUCCUUUUAAUACAAAGUGUAAUUUUGUGCCGGUGAAAUGAAGUCUGCAUAGUUAUGUGUUUCUUUUUUUUCCCUUAAAAAAGAUUUUAUUCAACUUUAUAGUUUAUCUGGGUAUGUUGGAUGCUUUGACAAUAAAUGACUUUAUUUUCUUC